UCUCUCCCUCCUCCGGACUCCACCAAACAAUUUCAUUCUCGCUAGUCGCUUCGUAGCAGCAUCCCAUUGCCCGACCCCACCCACCCUUCUGUCUUUCUCUCUUCUCUCUCUCCAACAUCGACCCCUCUCUCACAAACAAAGCCUCAUUUUUUCCUCUAAGCCCUUUUCACGUCUCAAAGAUCCAAAUAAAACCAACCUAUUAUUUUCCCCCAUACUCACAACCAACAAUAAUGGUGGUGAAGAUGAUGAAGUGGCGGCCGUGGCCGCCCCUGCUGUCGAAGAAGUACGAGGUCAGGCUCGUGCUGAGGCGCCUGGAAGGGUAUUAUAAUCAGGUGGGUGAGGGCGCAGAGAAAGUGGCGGUGGAGAUCAGGUGGAAGGGGCCCAAGAUCGCGCUGAUGAGCUCGCUGAGGCGGACGGUGAAGAGGAAUUUCACCGAGGCGGCGUCGGCCGGGGUUGGGGAAAACGGCGUCGUCGAGUGGGGGGACGAGGAGUUUCAGGGCGUCUGUACUUUGUCUGGGUACAGGGACAAUGUUUUCCACCCUUGGGAGAUCACAUUUACUGUCUUCAAUGGCUUGAAUCAAGGACCAAAAAUCAAGGUGCCAAUUGUCGGAAGAGCAUCGUUGAACCUUGCUGAAUUCGCUUCUAGAGUUGAAGAAAAAGAUUUUGAUCUUAAAAUUCCUCUCAUCUCUGGCAGUGCAGCUGAGCCUUCACUUCAUAUAUCUCUAAGUUUAUUGGAGCUGAGGACUGGUCAAGAAUCUGCAGUUAUAGUUCAGAGAUCAGUCUGUCCCCCACCAUCAAAUUCCCCUCUCCAGUCGACUGACCCUCCUCUAUCCACAGAUAAAGACGAGCUUUCUGUACUCAAGGCCGGUCUGAGGAAAGUGAAAAUUUUUACGGAUUAUGUUUCGACUAGAAGGGCAAAAAAGCCUUGCCACGAGGAAGAAGGCAGCGAGGGCAGGAGUGAAGAUGGUGAUUACACCUACCCCUUAGACUCGGACUCGCUCGACGAGUUUCCAGAAGGAGAAUCUGAUGAGGGGAAAACUGAAGAUUCCCGUAUUAGAAAAUCGUUUAGCUACGGCACAUUGGCUUAUGCGAAUUGUAUUGGUGGAUCGAUUUACUCUGAUAUGACGGAGGAUGAAGAUUGGAUUUACAGCAACCGCCGAAAAUCAGACGUGGGUUGCUCACAAAUGGAGGAUUCUGCUACUUCUUCUACCUCUGAGCCUUCUUUGUUCCCAACGUCGAAGCGCAGUAUCAUCUUGCCUUGGAGGAAGAGGAAGCUUAAUUUCAGAUCUCCCAAGGCUAAAGGUGAGCCACUACUAAAGAAGGCUUAUGGAGAAGAAGGCGGGGAUGACAUCGACUUUGACCGUAGGCAGCUAAGUUCUGAUGAAUCUUUUUCUUUUGGGUGGCAAAAGACCGACGAAGACUCAAGUGCAAAUCGUUCGUCGAUCUCCGAGUUCGGGGAUGACAAUUUCGCCAUUGGCAGCUGGGAACACAAAGAAGUCACAAGUCGUGAUGGACACAUGAAGCUUCAAACUCAGGUCUUCUUUGCCUCUAUCGAUCAGCGGAGUGAACGGGCUGCGGGCGAGAGUGCUUGCACCGCCCUGGUUGCUGUCAUUGCAGAUUGGUUCCAAAAUAACAAAGACCUCAUGCCCAUUAAGUCACAAUUGGACAGCUUGAUCCGCGAUGGCUCCUUAGAAUGGAGAAACCUCUGUGAAAAUGAAAUGUACAGAUUACGUUUCCCUGACAAGCACUUUGAUUUGGAAACGGUUCUCCAAGCCAAAAUCCGCCCUCUCUCUGUAGUUCCUUCAAAGUCCUUCAUUGGGUUUUUCCGUCCAGACGGUAUUACGGAUGAGGGUAAAUUCGACUUUUUGCACGGCGCCAUGUCUUUCGACAACAUUUGGGAUGAGAUUACUCAUUUAGGGUCUGAAUGCCUUUUCAUAGUCAGUUGGAACGAUCAUUUCUUCGUGCUUAAGGUCGAACCAGAAGCUUAUUAUAUUGUUGACACGUUGGGAGAAAGGCUAUACGAGGGGUGUAACCAGGCGUAUAUCUUAAAAUUUGAUAAGGAUUCUAUGAUUUACAAACUAAUGGGGUCCACGCAAUCUUCGGAAGAAUUACCUCCUGCCAAUCAGCAGAUAGUUGAUGGUACAGUGGAAACUAAGAACCAAACGGAUCCCCAGAUUAACUCCAAGGAGGGUUUUCCAGUAGAAGGGGCCGAGUCAAUGAAGAGUGAAGAUAGGGAGGAGGUUCUUUUUUGCCGCGGGAAGGAGUCGUGUAAGGAGUACGUAAAGAGCUUUUUGGCUGCAAUCCCAAUAAGGGAAUUGCAAGCGGAUAUCAAGAAAGGUUUGAUCGCUUCGACGCCUCUUCAUCACCGACUGCAGAUCGAGUUUCAUUACACACAAGUACAACCACCACAGCCACUGGAACUUCCACAAACGGAAGCAGCAGCCGCGAUGAUGCUUUUGUUUUCCGAAAACGGAGAGCAUUCCCCACCAAAAGAACCGGUCACUGGUGAUCUGACGAGUAGUUGAAGUUCUGGAAUAACCGAGGUUUGCUGCGUAUGGACUAAGUGUAAAUGUUAGCGUGUGCGUUUAUCUGACGUGUUUUUAGCUGUUUUACUACUUUUUUAGCGCGAGGUUGCUGGGCUAAAAGUAUGAGUCCAUUUCAGCCUCUUUGGAAUGGUUUUAGACUUUUAGGAUAGAAGGGUUGUGUUUCUCACUUAUGUUUCUGUGUUUGUGUGGCAUUGCCCUUUUAUUUUUGUCCAUCUUUGUUGAAAAGGGGAUAAUAGACUGUACUCUUCUUGAAGUGAAACUCCUUUUAACUUUCCA